UUCCCUUUGUUUAGGCAUCCACUCACCAUCUCGAUUUCCAGAGUUUAUAUAACAAAAUAAAAUGCAGCACGUACAAGUACAACAAGCGUCACAAAACCAUAGACAAGGCCAAUGAGUACAUCUAGAGACGCUACCAGGCUUGUCAAUGGCGUUUCUUUAGUCGCGAAGGAGCUUCUUCAACGCUCUCAACUCUUGGACAUUUCCGGAAUUCAUAACUUCCAAACCCUUCUCUCUACACCUCUGAAAAAACUAGUUGUUUCUCUCACUGAUAUUUCCGGUCUGACCAGAGGCAAAGUUCAUCAAUUUUCAACUGCAGAUCCCCCCAAUCGCGAUUCCGUCUCCUAUUUUUCUCACCCAAUUCAAUCCAAUCAUCUUCACAGUCCUGAAAUCACCGACCUUGGGGUUGCCCACAAUCAGACUUGCGUUUCAGAUUCUUCACCUCUAUCCCAAAAUGAAGACAAGGAGAACAAUUUGGUAAACGGUACCCAACCCAUUAAUGCUUCUUCCACUGCGUUCAGUGGAACACAAGCAGGAGAAGCACCCAGCGGGCGAGUGGAAGUAACCCCACCUCUCAAACGACGGACGCCCCGGGAGAGAAGAGUGCCCUCCACUCCCUUCUCUAGAGCGCUUGGGUUUGCGGGGUUAGGAGCUGGUCUCGCAUGGGGAACGCUGCAGGAAUCAGCCAAGCGGCUUGUUUUUGGCUCAGAAAAUUUGCAAAAUCAACCUUCUGCGUUAUCCCCAUUUCUGUCUGAAAAGAAUGCAGAACGGUUGGCUCUUGCUUUGUGUAGAAUGCGUGGAGCUGCUUUAAAAAUUGGGCAGAUGUUGAGUAUACAAGAUGAAUCUCUUGUCCCAGCUCCGAUCUUGGCUGCUCUGGAUAUUGUCCGUCAAGGUGCAGAUGUAAUGCCAAGAAGCCAGCUGAAUCAAGUAUUGAACGCUGAACUAGGUCAAGAUUGGUCCUCGAAGUUGAUUAGUUUUGAUUAUGAACCAAUGGCUGCUGCAAGUAUUGGCCAGGUGCAUAGAGCUGUUUCAAAGGAUGGUAUGAAUGUUGCAAUGAAAAUUCAGUACCCUGGAGUUGCAGAUAGCAUUGAGAGUGAUAUUGAUAACGUGAAACUUUUGUUGGAUUAUACUAAUCUGAUUCCGAAGGGGCUUUAUCUUGACAGAGCAAUAAAGGUGGCAAAAGAUGAGUUAUCUCGUGAAUGCGACUAUGUGUUGGAGGCUACAAAUCAAAAACAUUUCCAUGAUUUGUUAUUUAACUCUCAAGGUUUCUAUGUUCCGUUGGUUGUGGAUGAUCUAUCAAGCAAAAGAGUUUUGACUACGGAACUUAUUUCUGGGGUUCCUAUUGAUAGAGUCGCAUUGUUAGACCAGGACACUCGUAAUUAUGUUGGCAAAAAGUUGCUGGAACUGACAUUACUUGAAUUAUUUGUUUUCCGCUUCAUGCAGACCGACCCCAACUGGGGUAAUUUUUUGUAUGAUGAAGCCAACAAAAUAAUUAAUCUGAUCGACUUUGGAGCAGCUCGCGAUUAUCCAAAGAAUUUUGUGGACAACUACUUAAGAAUGGUUGUUGCAUGUGCAAAUGGCGAUAGAGAUGCAGUUAUUGAAAUGUCGAUGAGACUGGGAUUUCUAACAGGAAAGGAAUCAGAGGUAAUGUUAGAUGCUCAUGUUCAAGCAGGGUUUGUUGUGGGAUUGCCAUUUUCAAAGGCUGGUGUGUAUGAUUUUCGAGCUUCAAAUAUCACCCACAGUAUUACAAAUCUUAGUGGAACCAUGUUACGACAUAGGCUAACUCCACCCCCUGACGAAGCCUAUAGCCUUCACCGCAAAUUAUCAGGUGCUUUCUUGGCUUGCAUCAAGCUCCGCGCUGCUGUGCCUUGUAGGCAACUAUUAUUUCAUAUUUACGAUAAUUAUCAUUUCGACCACCAAGAUUGACAUUUGGAUGACCAUUUUUUUUUAAAAAAAAAUUUCGUUAUACUUCCACAGUUGAUUAUUCUUUUUUUUUUUUUUUAACAAUAAGUUAAGUGUUCAAUUCAAUUUUGUAACAAUUAUAUAAAAACUUAGUCCUACUUUUUAGUCCUUAAAUGUAAAAUAAAUAAAUCAUCAAAAUUAUUUGAUGGUGUAACAAAUCUUAUUAAACUUGCAUAUGAUAAGUUACAAAUAUAUUCUAGAACUUUAAAUU